AUGGACGAUGUUUCGGUAGAUCCUCCACCGGAGGUCGAGAACGGAGGAGGCGAACCAUCGGAGGAACCGUGUAGCAAGAAGGCGAGGGUUGACGCAGUUGAUAAACCGGAGGCGGAAUUGAAACGAGUGGCGGAGAUUGUUUUGGUUUUAUCAACGAUGGCGACGAUGCGAGGUGGACAGAAGCCGACUGAUGUGGAGGUUGAACUCAUGAGAGAGGCGCGGAGUAAGCUCGCAAUUCUCUGCCAGGGGAUUGCUCCCAAGGAUAUUGUUGCUCGUGAAGCUAUUGGUGCCGUUAUUGAGGAUCUCGGUUUGAAUGCUAAGGUUGGGGACCAGAGGUUAGGGUUUCGUGCUCCUAAGAUGUCCAUUGCCGAGAAGUAUGCCUUCAAUAAAUCGAAGAUGGAGGAAUCAAGGAAAUUAUUAUCUGCAUCUUCUACAACAUAUGCAUCUCAACCCUUGCAAACAAACACCGAUGGAAUGGUUGACAAUCAUGUUCCAACAAAUACUGUUCGAAUGUUCUCGUCUGAUAAAUCAAACCACAUGGCAGUAACUUCUUCAGUUUCGAUGGUGUCUAUUCCUCCCCAUCUUUCUGCAGGAUCUUCUGCAGCAUUGCAAUAUCAAUCAACCAGCAAUGAAGUCAGACCACCCAUUGUUUCUGGUGUAAUGCCUAGCAGUCACAUGGGGAGAAAUCCAUCUUCUGUAGCAUUGCCUAGAGUUGAAAACCCACAGUUUAAAGUUACUGGAGGAUUGAGUGGGGCUCCUUAUGUGCUUCAGGUCCAAGCAAAUUCAUUGGCAAACCAAUCACUGGUGAAUGCUCCUACAUGGUCAAUACAGACUCAUCCCGUGUCAUUAGCUAGAAGCGUAUCAGAAAACAAGGCGCCUGCUCAUAAUCCUCCCAAGGUGGAAGGAACUGCUGAUGCAACCGUAUUGAGGGCAGGUCCACAAGUAGCAACAGGUCAGAGCAUUAGACCGUUUAUUACUCAAACAGGACCUGGAAAUAUGUCUAGUAUGCACCAGCCAUUGCAGGGUGGGAACAUGGUUCAACCUCCUUUGAUUCCUAGUCACUCUGAUAUUGCAAAGAUUGUCCAGAAAUUGUUACUACCAAAGUUUCCGGAACAUCGCACAUGGACUCCUCCGUCAAGGGAUUAUAUGAAUAAAGCUUUCACAUGUCAGACAUGUGAGCUCACUGUCAGUGAGGUUGAUUCUGUUCUUCUCUGUGAUGCUUGUGAAAAGGGAUUUCACUUAAAGUGCCUGCAGCCAUCAGUAAUCAGAGGAAUUCAUAAUAGAGUUGAUUGGCACUGCACGAGAUGCUUGAGUUUAAGCGGCGGAAAGUCUUUGCCUCCAAAAUAUGGCCGCGUGACGAGAUCUUCAAUUACAUCACCAAGUUUUCCCUCUAAUACAGUUGGUAUUCAACCAUCUUCAGAAAAGAAAGCAGAUAGCUUAGAUCUAAAGAUACAAGAGAUAUACAAGGGUGAAAGUUGCGCUGAACAAAUAGAUUCAAAGGCUUUGAUCUGUAAAGAUACAGCUGAAUCAGAAACUCCUCCUAAAUCAUCCGAGCCGGCUAAAUGUGAAAAUUUGCAAUCAUCACAAGAUUCUCAAGUUGAGAUGGCAGUAUCAAAGGACACUGCUGAAAUAUCACCAGAUAGACAUGAUAGCAGUAGUUUUAUGACUAGUAGUCAAAAGGAAUCUCAUGGAGGAGAAAAUAUAACUAACAAUAUCAAGCGCGAUGAUCUAGAUGUUGAACCAAUUUCUGUUGGAAGUUCUGGAACUAAUACUGAAGAUGAGAAAAAGUAUUACCAAUCUUGCUGCAUUGAUGGAGUAACAUAUAGGGUGCAUGGUCAUGCUUUUUUCACAUCUAACCAUGGCAAACUGACACCUUCUAAACUUCAGUCCAUGUGGGAAGAUUCCAAAACUGGGAUGAAGUGGGUAAAGGCAACGAAGUGCUACUUUCCUGAUGAUUUGCCGGGAAAUAUUGGUCAUCCUUGUAUAUCUGAAGUCAACGAGUUCCAAUUGGGUUCAGAGCUCACAUUGGUGGGGCCUGAUAAAACUGUAGUGUCCCAAACCAGAAACCCUACCACCAAGGUUGGGACGUCAGCAGCACUAGUUCCAAAUCAUAUGAUGAUAUAUUCAUUUCGUUAUUUCUCCUGUGUAAGUAAUCCCUAA